UAUAGCUGUAAUUAAUUAUAGCACAAAAAUAAUCAUUCAUCACCACAAAUACUACAAUCCAUUUCAUUCUCCCAAUUCAAUCAUUUUUGUGGAAGAUCGUAUCAGGAUUCCUCCGCAAUCAGAGGACAAUCGGUGGAUUGGAUGCUCUAAUCGGCUACCCUGUUGAUUUCACGAUUGAAGCUGGAGAUAUGUAUGGUGAAGCCGUAGACCUACUUCCAGUAAUCAAUCUCUCUCAGUUCUAACCGAUUCAACCGAAUUUCACCACACAAAAAGUUUUUUCGCCGGCGCCACCAUUUGCAAUUACAAUUAGAGUAGCAUGCGCUGAAGCAAGCAUGGCAACUUCGUCCAGUUCAGUAAUCCGGCGCCUUGUGCCCUACUUUUCUGCCCAAAUCCGUCGGAAUUCCAGGCUUCUCAGUUACUCCUCCGCCCUCCGCGAAUCAGAGCUUUCUUCAUCAGAAUCUUCACCCCCCUCGACUGACGCCGUUCAUUUGACCGACAACUGUAUUAAGAGAAUGAAAGAGUUGCAAGUUGAAGACCCCAGUAAGAAGUUGUUGCGCUUGAGCAUAGAAGCUGGUGGUUGCUCUGGGUUUCAAUAUAACUUUUCACUUGAUGAUAAGACCAAUAAUGAUGACAGGAUCUUUGAGCAGGAUGGAGUUAAAUUGGUGGUUGAUAAUAUAUCAUUUGACUUUGUGAAAGGUGCAACUGUUGAUUAUGUUGAAGAGCUUAUACGUUCGGCUUUUCAGGUGUCCACAAAUCCAAGUGCAGUGGGUGGCUGUAGCUGCAAAAGCUCCUUCAUGGUGAAGUAGCUAUCUCCUUUUUUUGAAUUCUGAUUUUGUUAUACCAUCAUUUUCCCCGGCUAGAAAAUGAAGACCAAACGUCACUCUCUCCGGUAAAAGCUACCCAUUGCCAGGUCUAAUUGAUAGUUCAUCCAAUAUUUUUGAUGCAUAUGUACUACAAACACUAGAAACUGAGAAUAUCUCAGCUCUAUCGCACCUGAGUAGCCGUAGUUCUGCUAUGCAACAUGUCCAUUGUAUACGCGUAUAAGAGUAGCCGUAGUUCUGCUAUGAUUCAUGUCCAUUGUAUACGUGUAUAGGAGUAGUCGUUUGCAAAUUUGGACGAUUUUGUACACUUCAUUAGCACUUCUUGUUUUGAGAUAACAUAGCAAUCUGCCUACAUAAUGAAUAAUGUACGAUGAGUGAAGCCAAGGUCAUCAUGUUACAUGUUUUGUAUGUUCA